AUGGCUCUCCGGGCCGGUGGGCAGGGAGUGCGAUGGGGGGAUGAUCGUAGUCUAGCGGCUGUCUUGUCGUACUUCCAUUCUCGGGGCUCGGAGGGAGUGUGGUCCCCGCUAACCCCUCGAUGGGGUAAGACGGGGCCAGCUACGCUUCAGUCUUGGGGGGGGGCCUGUCCCCCGCCAUUCAUUCGUCCGCCGGUUUGGUCUCCUCUACACAUCCGGGAUCUCGUUGGUGUGGGUGUGGGGUUUAUCGGGCCCGACAGCACGGGGUGUCCCCGGAUAUUCUACUGCCUGUCGGUGCCGUGCGGGUGCGCCGGGGUCGCCUCAGAUGCUGCUGCGACUCCUUCUGUACAUAAAAACUCUACGAGUGUAUUUCAUGUCAUCUUACACUCAGCAUACGUCGUAGCUCCACUACAGAUGCACAGCCACUCAGCGCAGGCACAGUACAUCAUUUGA